AUGGUGGAAGCUUUGCACGUGUCAUCUAAGUCACAAGAAUAUUUCAUUGUACAAUAUAUAAUUGUCUUUUCUUUCUUUACAGUCGUGUGUCCAGUUGGCAGAAAGCUGGAAUCAGGAACAUGUGUUUUAUGUCCAGUGGGCCAGUACCAGAAUGAAACAGGAUCCACCAUAUGUAAAACAUGUCCCGAGUUUAAAACAACAGCUUCUGUUGGGUCAACAUCAUCAAAUCAAUGCGUCUACCAGUGUGAAGCGGGUACCUACGUGGACGAAUCUGUCUACGGGUGUGUUGACUGUCCUGUGGAUACGUACCAAGACCAGGUGUCCCAGCCUAGCUGCAUCCACUGUCCUGGCAACAACCAAACUAAAUCCACCAGGUCCACUGGGAGUCACUUCUGUCACACACCAUGUCCAGAAGGCCAAGAGUUCGAUACACAGGAUUCCACUUGUAAACUAUGUCCAGUUAACUAUUACAAAGAUGCUCAACCAUCAAGCCGUGUGUGUAUAAAGUGCCCUCAAGGACAAAAAAGUCUCACCCGAGGAAGUACUGGAUGUGUACCACUAACAAGCGGCGGAGCCAUGGUAACCGCUUCAGUUUUGAUCAUGAUUCUCACUCUCUUCGCAAUGCUCUUCAAGUGAACAACUAUCUGUGUUUGGCAGCAUGAAUCACAUUGUCUAUUCCUGAAGACGAUGAUCAAACAGACAAAAAAGUGAAAUUCUACCAGAAACAUUCUACAAAUACACAUAAACAUUGUCCGCCAAUAUUUUUAAUAUUUGAGAGAGAGAGAGAGAGAGAGAGAGAGAGAGAGAGAGAGAGAGAGAGAGAGAGAGAGAGAGAGAGAGAGAGAGAGAGAGAUGGGGGGGGGGGGGUACUGCCUUUUUUUCCCUUUUUUAAUAUGCUAUCAUGUUCUGACUAUGGACUCUUUAACUACCUAUUGUUUUCAUAUAAAAGAUUAAAAAAAUGUCUGUGA